AUGGUAACUCUUCAUCACCGUCCACACCGCCUACUUCUAGACCCAUCAGGAUCAUCAGGAUCAUCAUCAUCAUCAUCAUCAUCAACCACACCAGACGCAGCCAAUGGAAGCAGGACACGUGGGACAUACACCAAUGAGGCCAACUUUGACACCAACAUGGUCAUCAUUCUAGCAGCCCUGCUCUGUGCACUGAUAUUUGCUCUGGGGCUAAACUCAAUCGUGCGCUGUGCUUUAAGAUGCAGCAGAAGGUUCUCUUUUGAGACCCCAGAUGAGACUGCUGCGCGCUUAGCAGCCACAGGGCUGAAAAAGAGCACAUUGCGUCAAAUUCCCAUUGUGGCAUAUGGCUCAGGGGCUAAUAUUCCUGCCACGGACUGCCCAAUUUGCCUUGGAGAAUUUCAAGAUGGCCAGAAAGUGAGGCUUUUGCCAAAAUGCAACCAUGGAUUUCAUGUCAGGUGCAUAGACACUUGGUUUUUGUCACACUCUUCGUGCCCAACUUGCCGCCACUCGUUGCUUGAACAGCCAGCUGCAGCUUCAGAUUCUGCAGAAGUUGCUGAUGCUAGGCAUACUGCUGGAAAUGCAUCAUCUGGAGGUCAAGGUGAUGUGCCAAUAUCUGUUGAUGAAGCCAGUUGA